AUGGUUGAGGAGAACACACGUUUCAAAAUAAAGUCGGUCAUGCUCCAAAUGGUACAAAACACGGGGCAAUUUGGAGGUCUACAAGGUGAAGACCUGCAUGCCCAUCUGACUAGCUUUGUGGAAAUGUGCAGUACUUUCUCCAUCUCUGGCGUCACCCCAGAAGGAAUCAGACUUUACCUCUUCCCAUACACACUGAGGGAUGAGGCUAAUAUAUGGGCUCAUUCGUUGGAGCCAAACGAAAUAACAUCAUGGGACCAGUUGGUGGAAUGGUUCAUGAAGAAAUUCUUUCCUCCAACAGUCAACGCAAGAAGACGAAAGGAUGUGUUGAAUUUUGAGCAAAUGAAUAAUGAGACUCUGAGCACCACUUGGGUGCAUUUGAGAAGGUUGGUAAAAAAUUGUCUGCAUAUCGGGAUUCCUGAUUGCGUUCUGAUGAAAACAUUUUAUAACGGCCUGAAUAGAUCAACGCAAGUCGUUGCUGAUGCCUCUGUAGCGAGAGGAUUCAUGGAUAAGACCUACACAGAGGCCAAGGUCAUCCUUCAUCGCAUUUCACGAAACACGGAUGACUGUGUGGAUGACGGGUACGGGGGUAGAGGCUCCGAGAGAAGAAGAAACGAUAAUGCCAUUGUACCAUUGGAUACAAUGACAACUUUGGCCGCACAAAUGGCUGCGGUGACCUCUCUUCUACAAACGAUGGCACUUAAUCAAGGUGCCCUCUCUCAAAUUUCAGCGCAACCUAAUGCGCCGGCACAAGUGGCCGCAAUAAGUUGCGUCCAAUGUGGAGGGGGCCAUGCUAAUCACCCUAACUUCGGUUGGGGAGGGAAUCACAACCAAGGGGGGCCGAGUAACCAUCAGAGCAAUAAUUUCGAGAAUCGAGGAAAUUCUCCACCUUUUCAUCAGAAUCAGAAUCAGGGUCAUCAACCGCAACCUCAAAACCUACCGUCCUCCUCAAACACCUCUGCUAAUUCAUCAUCAUUGGAGUCCCUGCUGAAGCAGUAUAUUGAGAAAAACGAUGUAGUCAUGCAGUCGCAGGUGUCUUCAAUAAGGAACUUGGAGAUCCAAGUUGGGCAGCUGGCAACCGAGCUUCGCAAUAGAACACCGGGAACGCUGCCAAGUAAUUCAGAAGCCCCGGGAUCUCACGGGAAGGAACAAUGUCCUUGA